AUGGCGGACCCCGACCAGGCCAUCGCAGAGGUCUAUCGCAAGAUCGAGCGAGAAAAGGCUCUUAUCAAUGCCGCCACUCACAUGCGACAGUCCACCAACAACGCCGCGGUCCAGGCACGUGUCGACAGCAACAUCCGUGACAGCAGACGAAAUAUUUCAUACUUGGAAGAAAAAUUGGCAGAAUUGCAGCUAAGACAGCGAGGUCAUAAUGAGGGUGUCGCCCCCCCUCCGCCCGCCCAUGGCGGGUCCGGGUAUCAGACUCCCUCAGAUCCCCGUAUGCAGCAGUCACGAUUCCAGCAAGGCGGAGGACCGACUCCUCCUCCCAAGGACGAGCGAGGUUAUUUUUCCAACGAGAGAGGCGACUACGGUGAUCCUGGUCCAGGAGGAUAUAGCCAGGGCGGCACCGGCAUGAUGCCUCCACGGGCUCCCUAUGGCGAUCCUCGUCCUUAUAGCGCUCCGGUCCCCAAAGCUCGCCCGAACUUCUCGAAACUAGACCUGAUCAAAUACGACACCCCAUAUCUCGGUCCCAAGAUCCAACUCAUGCUCUCACAACUCGAGUUCAAACUGUCAGUCGAGAAGCAGUACAAGGCAGGCAUCGAGAAAAUGGUGCGCUUGUAUCAAGACGAGGGCGACAGAAAGAGCAGACUGGAUGCCGAGGGCCGGCGCAUCGAGAGUAAUCAGAAGGUCCAGUUGUUGAAGCAGGCCUUGAAAAGAUACAUGGACUUGCACGUCGACAUUGAAACAUCUGAUGCUGCUGACGAUGACAGUCUCAAUGCCCCUAACAUGCGAAAACCCCUGACCGGUCACCUCGAAAUGCGUAUUCAUGCCAUUAAGGAUGUCGACCACGCGGCCUCGUCACGCUUUUCAAGGGGGCCUGAAACGUUCGUCAUCAUGAAGGUGGAGGACAACAUAAGGGCCAAGACCCGGGCGACUCGCACAGAUAAAUGGACAGAGGAAACUCAUCACGUCGACAUUGACAAGGCCAACGAGAUCGAGCUGACGGUCUAUGACAAAGCGGGUGACCGGCCAACCCCGAUCGGGUUUCUAUGGAUCCGUAUCUCGGAUAUCGCGGAAGAAAUGCGCCGGAAGAAGAUUGAAUCGGAAUUUCAGCAGAAUGGCUGGGUAUCAGCAGAUAAGAUGGCAAAUGGAGGCAGCCCGGGCAAACCAGGUCCUGAUGUUCAACCCGCACCAUUUAUGCCCCCGGGAGACGCCGCUGGCGCCGGCUCUGCCGCCGGAUUCACCCAAAAUCCUCAGCAACAGUUCCAACCUGUGAUGAUCGAUUCAUGGUUUUCUCUGGAACCGGCAGGCAGGAUCCAUCUCUCAAUGAGCUUCCAGAAGCAGACGGGCGGCAAACGGCCAUUCGAUAUCGGCCUCAAUCGUCAAGGCGCAGUGCGCCAGAAGAAGGAAGAGGUGCACGAAAAGCAGGGCCACAAGUUCGUCAAGCAACAGUUUUACAACGUCAUGCGCUGUGCGCUCUGUGGAGAUUUCCUGAAGUACUCGGCGGGCAUGCAGUGUGCGGAUUGCAAAUACACCUGUCACACCAAAUGCUAUCCCAAAGUCGUGACCAAAUGCAUUAGCAAGGCAAACUACGAGACGGACCCCGACGAAGAGAAGAUCAACCACCGCAUUCCCCAUCGUUUCGACAACUUCUCGAAUAUCGGUGCCAAUUGGUGUUGCCACUGUGGUUAUCUGUUGCCUCUGGGAAGGCGCAACGCGAAAAAGUGUUCGGAGUGUGGCCUGACUUGUCAUGCCCAGUGCCAGCACUUGGUUCCGGACUUUUGUGGCAUGUCCAUGAUCGUCGCCAAUGAAAUUUUGGAGACCAUCCAGAGGACAAAACACCACAAUAAAUCCUCCUCCGUGAGCUCUGGAAUGAGCAAUCGAACCCUGAGACCCAACUCAGCAGCCAGACCGGGUCCCACAUCUCCUACGCAGAGCUUUAUUUCCGACAGCACUCCCCUGACGCCACAGAUAUCGAACCAAUCGUACGAUCAGCAUCAAGAACAACCGAAGCCCUCUGCUGCCGCUAUAAACGCUGCACAAAACAUGAUGUACGGCCAACCCCAAGCGACUCAGUCACAACCCGCACCACAACAGCAACAGCAAAGACCACUGCAACAAAAGGCCGUGUCCGCAGCGGCGGUGCAGGCUGCUGCCGCCGCCACCACCCGGCCGCCAUCUCAACAAUACAACCAGACGUUUAAUGAGUACAGUCCUCAAAAAAUGCCCGCAGAUCGAUACGCCAAUGCUCGACCCCCCGCUCCGGAACAACCACAUGCAUCAUACGACCCUCGCGCCUAUCAAGGAUAUGACCGUCAACCGGUGCAGCAGCAAAUACCUCAACAUCAACCGCCCCAGCAAGCCAUGAUCCAAUCUCAAAGACCUCAACCUCCAGCGACAGCAGCAGCAACAAGCUACUCGCCCGCCCCCAUUAAACCAGCGCCGUCGUCACAACAACAGGUAGCCACACCUCCAUCUGGGCGCGGAUCGGGACCGAGAAUCGGCCUCGAUCACUUCAAUUUCCUCGCGGUACUAGGGAAGGGCAACUUUGGCAAGGUCAUGCUUGCAGAGGCUAAGAGCUCGAAGAAGCUGUACGCCAUCAAGGUCUUGAAGAAGGAGUUCAUUAUUGAGAACGACGAAGUCGAGUCGACAAAAUCGGAGAAGCGCGUCUUCCUGAUUGCCAACAAAGAGAGGCACCCUUUCUUGCUCAAUUUGCACGCUUGCUUCCAGACAGAGACUCGAGUGUAUUUUGUGAUGGAGUAUAUCUCGGGCGGUGAUCUAAUGUUGCACAUUCAGCGCGGACAAUUUGGCCUUAAGCGUGCUCAGUUCUACGCUGCCGAAGUAUGCUUGGCUCUCAAAUACUUCCACGAAAACGGCGUCAUCUACCGAGAUCUGAAGUUGGACAACAUCCUGCUCACCCUGGACGGACACAUCAAGAUAGCUGAUUAUGGUCUUUGCAAGGAGGACAUGUGGUUCGGAUCGACGACUUCCACAUUCUGCGGUACCCCGGAAUUCAUGGCCCCCGAGAUCCUUUUGGACAAGAAAUACGGCCGUGCGGUUGAUUGGUGGGCUUUUGGCGUCCUCAUCUACCAGAUGCUGCUGCAGCAAUCUCCGUUCCGUGGCGAGGACGAGGACGAAAUCUACGACGCGAUCCUUGCAGACGAGCCGCUAUACCCCAUCCACAUGCCACGCGACAGCGUUUCGAUCCUGCAGAAACUGUUGACAAGAGAGCCAGAACUGCGACUGGGGAGCGGGCCGGGAGAUGCGCAAGAAAUCAUGAGCCACGCUUUCUUCAAGGGUAUCAACUGGGACGACAUCUAUCAUAAGCGGGUCCCGACGCCGUUCAAGCCGACCAUCAAGAACGAAAAGGAUACGAGCAACUUCGACCAGGAGUUUACGAGUGUGACGCCGGUGCUCACACCAGUGCAGAGUGUGCUUUCGCCUGCCCACCAGGAGGAAUUCCGUGGAUUCUCGUAUACGGCCGAUUUCAUCUAG